AGCUGUCAGCCAAUGGUCGGCCAUCGAUUGUAUGAACUUUUCUGCAUUCGUGAGAAAUAUAUUGCCUUGGCACCCUCUAAUAGUUCGGAAUUCGAUUUGAAUAACAAAUUCUAAAUAACAGUGUGUUACCCUAAAGAGGAUGGAUAACAACAUUCGAUACAAUAUGCAAUCACAGGCAAACAACGAUUCCUCCACAAUAUCAUGCGCCCCCAGCGAAAUACCCACGCUUACUGUAGCUCUGCCAGCGAUCCAAGUACAUCCCAAUAACAACAUUAUUACUCGGGCUAACGUAGUCUCCAUAGGUCAAGCUGCGCCUUCCACUCCUGUCAUGACCUUACAGAUGAGUGUAGAUGAAAUACCACCACCAAAGCCAGACUUCUCUGCACCACCACCAUACGAAGUAGCAACUAAGCUACCUAGUUAUGAAGAAGUACAGCGAGAAAAGACUUUGCAGGGAGAGACUACGCCUCAUCCUCGUCCACAAUUAGUGGAAUUCUUACAGCCGGGUAUAAGACCACCGCAACAACCACUGGCCUUUCUUGCUUUAGACACAGAAGCUGCAGAGGGUGACACCGAAAGUGGUUUGCUAGGCACAGACUUCAUGUUUUUCACAGCUUUUAUGGUUGCAUUCCUGUUUAACUGGAUUGGAUUCCUAUUGAUGACGUGUUUCUGUCACACAAUUGCCUCUCGAUACGGAGCAUUAUCUGGAUUUGGCUUGUCAUUGGCCAAGUGGACGCUCAUUGUUAAACAUUCCACUGACUUAGCAUCGCGUGAAAACUCAUGGUUAUGGUGGCUGAUCAUGGCAUUUGGAGUCUUGAUCUGCAUGCGUGCCAUUAUUCAGUAUCUAAAUAUUAAACGAGGAUGGAGGCUGUUGUCCGGCAGCGCUCAAGAGCGCUUACUCUUUUUUUAUUGAUUCUACGAAUCUGCACCACGACCCAUUCAGCUUUCGAAGGUUGUAAUUAUAUGAAGAAUAAUCAUCUCUUAUGAAACCACUAUUCUACUUUAUAAAUGAUUGUAAUAAAUGUGAAACUCUCCAGAAAGGUUUUGCCAAGGUUCCUUAACGUUAGAAUGAAAUGGUGAACAAAUGAAACCAAAUCUGUGUUACAGAUAUUAAUUUAUUAACACAGCCUACAUUGAUUUCGAAUACAAAAACAGCACUUGAAAGCAAAAAUACGACAUUUUUAUUGCUCAAAAAAAUAAAAGUUCAAUUGUUCCUGAUUCGAAACUCAAGAAACAAGGUAGUUUAUUUAUCCUUCACUAUGAGUGGGGUUUAAAAAUGGUUUACCGUAUGAUCAUAGUACUAGGCGCAUUGGUAUACUUUUUAUUAUUUUUUACAUGAAGUGUAUCUUUCAGUUUUAUGUCAGACAUUUGUAUAAAAAGCUCUAAAACGAUCCUUUUAUCCUUGCUUUUGGUGCAGUAAUUUCGCCUAUAAGAGUGAAAUAAUUAUAAUUACCUAAUAUUGAAUCAGAAUUGUUAGAACAAUAUAAUAUUUUGUAGUACUAUUCAGUGGGGAGAGGCUUUUUGGCAAAACCACAAUCACAACUUUGAGUAUGGCUACCUCCCAUUGCUUGCGUACACAUCUCAAUUUAUGAUUAUAUAUAUCUCUCACACACAAUUAUAUGCAUAUAAAUUCGUAUACACAUGUAUGGGUUCGUCCACGUGAAUUAUACAUGGCGAAAGUAUUUUUUUUCGCUAAAGUUGUUCCCCUAGUACCUCCGAGUAUGUGUGUAGGAAUUUAGAUUUUUACGUUUAGAUAAUACGUUUCCCGGGUACGGAUCCAUAUGUAUAUAUAUGUAUUAUGUAUGUAUGUAUGAACAGGAUGUUAACAAAUAAUUCUGCCAAACUCAAAUAGGUGAUAAAGCGUACUUGACCAAGUAACAUGAGAUGAGCAACCCCAUGGUUGGGGCGUUGCGUUCAGGCGAUACAGGGUAUCGAGAAUCGCCAGAUAAGCACCUGUUCAAUGACAAUUAUGUUGAUUUUCUGCAAUAAUUGAAAACUAAAAAAUUAAUAAAUAGUACACAAAACGAAUGAAACACAGCCUAAUGCCGUCGUCUUCUGAAUUGUAAGACUAUUACAGUUUUCAAGUAGGGGACGGGCAUUGGAUUGCCAACGACCAGGCGUUGACUAUGCUCUUUACCUGCGACCUUCGAUGCGCUGCGGCGCCUGAUCACGACGCCCCACACACCUCAAGUACACUUUAUCACACCCUUGAGUUUGGCAGAAUUAUUCAUUAACAUCCUGUAUAGUUAUAAAAAUGCAUAAACAUAAGGGAAUGAUAUGUAGUAUAUGUAAGUAUUAUAUGAUUAAAUAAUUAUUAUGCUAUAUGGUA